AUGCUUGAUACUUUCUUUUGGAAAAAACUCUAUCAGUUCAUAUUUGUUUAUUUGCUUCUAAAUCUUUGAAUUAUAAUAAAAAACAUCAAGAUGGAAUCAGAAAUGUGUAGGAACUGCAGAGUAUUUUACGGGUGCCUUGGAGGACUCUGCUCCCAAUGUCACAAGAAAGAAGCCUUGAAGAAAGAAGCUACCGACGUAGUGACGACAUUAGCUCAGGUCGCUUCAGCAGUAGUUCUCCCUACAGAGCCAGCACCUCAACAGCCAGUACAAGACCGAAGCCGCUGCUUUACCUGCAACAAGAGAGUUGGACCACUUUCCUUCACCUGCAAAUGUCAAUAUUCCUUCUGUGCGAGACACCGACUGCCUGAAGAGCACAAUUGUACUUUCGAUCAUAAAAGCCAUGGAAUUCGAAAACUUUCUGAAGAUAACCCACUCGUAGUGGCUGAAAAAUUCAAUAAGCUUUAG